AUGCCCCCCAAAGCGUCGCGCAAAGGGAAAGGAAAGAAAUCUGAAGCAGCAAAUGAAGGAGGAGGAUCAAGCUUUCACCUUGACACCAGACCGGUGGAGGCGGUCGCUCCCAAGCACGAUGCUGGGAAGGAAAUCGAACGUCUGGACACCGAGGUGAUAAAGAGCAAGGUCGGUGUCGCAUGGAUCAAUAUGUUGGCGAUGGGCGAGCGUCUAAAGUUCGGGGUCUACAACGACCGGCCUGAAAACGACGCUGAAACGCACAAGUUAAUACUAUCGUUCAAGCGCCAUGGGAUCGUGUCCAUGAGAGAAAUGAACGCUAUUCCACUCAUCAUUGAGAUCGACCGCGUCAACAAUGCGGAAACACUUCCCUUUGAUUUUAGCAGCCCACAGAAUGUACCAGAGUUGGAGCUCGUCGACAUGAACCCUAUCAUAGUGGCCUCGGGACAGCAUCGACUUGCAGCACUUCGACAAUACCAUCAAACAUUAACAGAUGAGUAUAGGACACUCGAGAAGAAACGCGUCAAGAUCAAAGAGUUGAAGAACCUGAGCGAGGAACACAUACGCACCUUCAAUGAGAUGCGGGAGGAGAUGGGCACGAUAAAAGGAAUUAUGGACGGUAUGGGUGGAUGGGGGGUCGUAAUCUACGACAAAGAAUCUCUGUUGCAAGGAGGAGACGAGUUAGCGAAUCAUCUUAGUCGAAACAAUCUGUUUCACGACUACAAAGAAACAGAAGAAGAGGUACUCAUUACCGUGUUGAAGAAGCUGAAAGGAGUAUUGGACUCGACUCCUGCAAACACACGGCAUGAACGUGCUACCACGACAUUAGUGGAGAUCCGAGGCAUGCAAGACAAAAAUACGCGGCUACUAAGAGUCCUGCACCACGAAAAACUGUGCAUGUUACUGGCGUCACGUUUACUAUACCUCGGUACCCACUUUCGUCGUCGUCCCGAAUUUUCCGUGACGUGGCUGGCGAAAGGACUGGAUGUUUGCAUGGGCAUAUAUUUGAUGUGGAUAGAGCAACGUACGAUCACGUUGAGAAUGCUCGGGUCUCGCUCGGCGUUUCCAAGCUAUAAACAAGUGUCUGCCUUGAUUGAUAAGGCAGAUGACGGCAACACAGACGCCCAGGCAGAGAUCGCCAAGCUGCGUAAGAUCAUGGAGGAGUCAGACUACGGGGAUGACGAUAGCGAACUUACCUUGUGGGCUGAAGUCCUCGACAGUGUCGACAAACACGCUCUCGACGCAUUCGACACAAUUAGGGACAGCAUCGGUCAGAUGACCCCCACCUACGUCAUGCGUUUGAGUUCGUAUCGCCAGGGAAUCAUCAAUUCUAUGCGAAAUAAGUGGUCCAUUAACGCAAACAAAGAUUACAGCCAGAACGAGAACGAAAUCCUACAACACCUCGACCGAGUCGUUGCUUGUGUUGCUCUCUUCCUGACGCCAAAGGAAGGCGAAACACACGCUCCUGAACCUCUCCUAGGAGGGUUUAUGAUGGACUACGCUUGGUCCACAUUUAACAAACUUAAGCUAGGGUUGGCUGAGAUAUGUCGUUGGUUUGAGGUAUUCCUCGACUAUUGGAGGAUAUUGCAUCCCAAGGGUCACGCCAUGGACGAUUGGUCGGUCGUGAUGCUGUCCAAUAUUGCGAAGGAUCCACGGUUCCCGUCUCAGAAUGACGUCGCUGGCAGAGAUAUUGUCGAUAACAUUUGGGCACACAGAGGAACGUUGGUGCUCCGGCUCAACAACCUCAUGAUGAAAGAGAAGAAAGCACUCACACCUCGACCUAAGGAUAAGAAGACGUUAGACGCUGCAUUUGAGAAACUCCCUGAGAACGAGCGUAUCGCUAGCGAGGCCCUUACGAAGAUAUUGCUAUCGCACCGGUCGAAGACUGGACCCAGGAGCCGUGAUUUUGCCCUUGAGCCUAAAUCCAUCGCUGGAAUGAUGGCUUUACACACUACGACCUGGGACUGGCUAAGCCCGACGAUCAAGAACACUCAAAGGGAUAUCGACCCUUGCAUGAAGGCGAUUGCCGUUGAGCGGACCUACCUAGUUCAAUAUCGAGCAAAACUCUUGAAAGAUAAGUUAUUCGAAUUAUCACUCGAACCUCGCAUGAAGAAACUUCAAACGCUCGACCCAGCAACCGGUAAGCUACGGUCUGGGAAGGUAUGGGUAUGGUGGGACAAUUUAAACCUCACCUCGGCUCAAGGCGAUCCGUCUGUCGUCUUAAAGGCCCUCGAGGACAAGACCAUCACAAGUCAUAAGCAAACCCAGGCUCGCCUCACACUCGAGCAAGCUGAUCGCGAGGAGAUCAACAAACUUAUCGGUUACUUUUGUAAUCUUCCAUGUGUUCGUGCAACGCGUGGAACAACCUCGCUCGUCUCAGCUGACGUCAUGGGGCCAUUUCGACAAGUCAUCCAGGGUAUUGAAAUUAAUACUGCCAGAAAGCGUUAUCGUACGCUCGAAGCAGACCCAGAAGCUGUGUUCGACCUCGCUGAAAGACCCUACAGUCUUGGUCUUGGCCUACCUGAUAGCUAUGCUGAUCCUCACACCAUAGGUUAUGGUUCUGAAUACAGCGACGAGGAUGACGCAGACAAGGACGAAAACCCUCAGGUUGCUAAGUCUGUCACUCAGAAAGGUAAAGGCAAAGGUAAAGGUAAAGACAAAGGCAAAGGCAAAGGCAAACAACGUGCCGUUCAAGUCGUCGUCGAAUCCGAGCCUUCAGCUCGCUCGACACCAUUGGUCACAUUCACUGGUCCAACCGUCAUCGAGGUCAUCGAUUCCAAUGUUCCUACGCCAGCUGAAAUGCCUGCUGCCUCCUCACCGUCUGUCUCUGCACAUACACCAACAGUUGAGGCUCCUCUUCCUCCUGCCAGUACUAUGCCCGUCUCUACGCCUGUCGUUGCACCAUCAGUACCCUUGCGUCAAACCACUGCAACGGUCGUCCCAAAACCUCGCCCUGUUCCUCGCAAACAUGUCGAAAUUCCCGUGCAAUCGGUCGAUGAACAUAACGUCGAGGUGUCUCCGGGCGUUACGACUCCCACAACCUCUCGUCCUGCACCUGUACCUGGAAACGUAUGCCCUCUUCCAUCGACCGACCCAGAUACAAAUACAACACCUCGACCAACAAACUCUGCACUCGUAGAGACUUGUGAACAAGAGGAUCCAGAUGGUGACAAGGAGAUGACAGACGCGGUGGACACCGUUCUAUCGGCGUCUGAUACGCUUGGUAAUUUACUUCAAAGUACACUCCCGUCAAUCACUCCGUCCCCGCAGGACAUCAUAGAUGGCUUCAGCGCCGAUGACAUCGGUUGGUUCAACCCCGACGACAACGACAACGAAGAAGACGACGACAACGACGAACCUAUAGAACAAUACGAACCAGAGUACGAACCGGACGACAUUCAAAGCGAGGAUCAUAGCGAGCCAGAUGAUCCCGAUGAUGCUUCGUAUAUGCCCACACAACCUUUGACUCAACAACUCCCACCUCGUCGCACUGCUAACCUAACCCGUAAAGAACGACGCGUCGCUUCGUCUUCAGCCAAGCGUUCCCGUGCUGCCACAGGUGCUUCGUCCUCAUCCUCGACCCAAGGCCGUGGCAGUAAACAGAAGAAGAAAUCCAAGGUGGCCGUCCAAGGAUCUUCUGAGGAUGAGGCUGACAAUACAAUUGUUCCAAUUUCCAUUCCCACUCGUGCUAUCGCCUGCCAUACCAGCAAUGUCUUUCCGCCCCAAUUUCAUUUGCCUGUCCAUUUUCAUCCAAUCCUCGCAAUUGCCGGUUGCCAUGCGGUCCCUGCCCUGUCGUACUAA